GCCCUCCUUGAGGGCCCCAUCACCGCCGCCCUGGCGCUUCCCGGGGGCCCCGCUGAGGCCGCCUGCGCCCUAUGCCAGCGCGCGCCCCGCGAGCCAGUGCGUGCCGAUUGCGGCCAUCGCUUCUGCCGGGCGUGCGUGGUGCGAUUCUGGGCCGAGGAAGACGGGCCCUUCCCGUGUCCCGAGUGCGCCGACGACUGCUGGCAGCGCGCGGUGGAGCCCGGCCGUCCGCCGCUCAGCCGCCGCCUCCUGGCGCUGGAGGAGGCGGCCGCGGCGCCCGCGCGCGACGGUCCGGCCUCUGAGGCGGCGCUGCAGCUCCUGUGCCGUGCCGACGGGGGCCCUCUGUGCGCCACUUGCCGCAUGGCCGCGGGGCCCGAGCCGCCCGAGUGGGAGCCCCGCUGGAGGAAGGCGCUGCGCGGCAAGGAGAACAAGGGGUCUGUGGAGAUCAUGAAGAAAGAUCUGAAUGAUGCUCGUGACCUGCAUGGCCAGGCUGAGUCUGCAGCUGCUGUGUGGAAGGGACACGUGAUGGACCGGAGGAAGAAGGCCUUGACUGACUACAAGAAGCUUCGGGCCUUCUUUGCCGAGGAGGAACGGCGCUUCCUGAAGGAAGCAGAGAAAGAAGAAGGAUCCCCAGAGGAUGAGGAUGAGGACCCGGCGGAGAGGUUCAGGUCUCUGCUGCAGGCUGUGUCGGAGCUGGAAAGGAGGCACCGCAACCUGGGCCUCAGCAUGCUGCUUCAGCCCAAGUUGACUGAUACAAGAGCUUAUGGAAAAAUGUAAAUUCCUGCCUCUUCCCAUGGAACUAGUCUUCAGGGAAGAAAGGAAGAGGGAAGUUCCCAGAAGUAAUGCCAUUGCAGGAAAACCCAGUCUGUUUGUGGAUCUCCAGGACAAGUCCCUGAACUUGGCAUAAAAAUCCUGAAGUGUUGCACCAGGCCAAAAGUUAGUUGCCAUAGGGAAAGAUGCACAGGCUGGAAUUAUAAGAUAAGGAAAUUAGACAUUUUAAUUUUAUUUGUGUGACUAUUGCAUGUAGGGCACUGUGCCAAAACUUCUCUAGGCUUCAUAGAGUUUAGAAUUAGAGCAAUGGGCAGACACAGAAGAAAAGGACCCUGGGGACCAGACUUAACACUGUUGUCUCAGGUAACAUGAGACCGUAGGAACAGAGGGGGAACAUUGCCCAGCGCACCUAAGUGACUGCAGGACCAACACUUUAAUUAUACAUUUCUCAGUAAAGCAUUUGGACAUAUAUCCUGGCUACAAAUUGGCUUAUAGUUUCCAAAUACAGUUGGACCUAAAACUCUGCUUUGAUGGCUAAGUGAUGUGAACCUGACCAGAAAAGAAUGACCAAGAGUGUAAUAGAGCUCUCCUGAGAAACAGUAUGAAGAGGAUAUGUGUGUGUGUGUGUGUGUGUGUGUGUGUGUAUGAUAUAUAUGAUAUACAUAUUACCUGAGAGAGAGACUGAGACAGAAACAAAAAUAGUUAUUUCAAGGGAAUGACUCAUUUGAUUGUGGGGCUGUUAAGUCAAAUCUGCGGGGUAGACCAAUAGGCUGGAGACCCAGGGAAGAGUCCAUGUUGAAGCUCAUGUCCAAAGGCCAUCUGGAGGCGGAAUUCUCCCUUCUUCAGGGAAUGUUAGUCUUUAUCACUAAGGCCUUCAGCUGAUUGGAUGCAUCCCACCCACAUUAUGCAUUCUCAUCUGCUUUACUCAGAGUCUAUUGAUUAAAAUGUCAAUUGUA